AUGAACGACAAUUCACAAUACGAGGCGGUCAUCUUGGCAGCUACCGCCAAUCAGACCAACGAUAAAUACUUCGUCAUUCACCUUCGUUCUGCACUUCAACUUCCAUCAACAUCAGUCCUCACCCUCAGUCGCGCAUCAACUGAAUCGCGCCAACGAAUCAUAGAGGCAAUAGGAAAGGAGAGAGUAGCAAGGUAUGACGCAGAGCUGGAGCAAUGGCGCUCUAACCUGAGAAUGGAUUACGGAAUCAUCUGUUCUUUGGUAUUCAAAUACCUUUGUAAGGAUGUCAAGAUAUCUUCACUUUUGGCUCGCUCAAAUCCACGAUUCCCUGGUUUGGGUGUCCUUGUAUCCCAUUCCCAGCUUCUUCAACUUCAACAACAUCCGCACAAGCCUCAACCUCCUUUGCCGAACAACAAAGCACUUGACGAACUUUCGCAACGAAUCUCUCACCAGCUCAGUAUGGAAGACAAACCAGAUGAGGUUGAAGUUGGUGCAGAAGUUGGUGCAGAACCCAGUGGAAAAAUCACGGAUAAAAACGCAGACACAGUCAUUCCUGAAGCCGACCUCAACUUUGACAACAAAUACGAGGUCAUAAACACCGCCAAAGACACCACUACCAACGAGACUCUUGCUUUCUCUGGAUACUACAAGAUCAAUGGCAUAGAUGUAUGUGACUCUUCUGUCCAAGUCAGCGCGUCCGAUCUCCCCCCUUCAGAGGAAUUUGAUCAAUUUGACAUGACACCUGUGGUACCAUGGAUGGAGGAGCACCCAAAACCAGGAGACGUUGAUGAGGAGACUUUCAUUGCUUACUACAAACACUUGGUAGCUUUUGUUUACUGUGCUACUGGAGAUGACCGAAAAGAAGCUGCACGUGCCUGCUUUCCCUCUGACGUUAUCCCCAGUGAUGAUCAAUUCACCAAGGUCUACUUUGUGAUUGAGGAGAUCAAAGAAAAGAUUGCCAGUGCUGUUGGUCUACCAGUACUUGUGUAAGUGGCUUCGCAUCUCAUUAUGCUUUGCGUAUCUUGCUUAUAGGAGAUAGUAACAUGCUGAGAGAAGCGGAUCUACAACAGCUGGCCAAGGAAGAGCUCUUCAAUAGCAUGAACGGUCGAGUCAAAUUCUUUCGUACAACGUUUUUGAACGAUCCUACUGCCCUUCUUCAGAUUGUUCAUGAAAUAAAUCCAGCUCUCGACGUUGAGUUCAUCUUCACCAACAACAUUUACGAAGGACAUCUCAGCUAUGUGAACCAGCGUCGAUUCAUUCUUCGCAAGCACUUAUGCACUAAGAUCGCCUUGCUCGUGGACUUGGUCUUCCAUGGCCAAAUCAACCUAGCACAAGAUGAUGAUUAUGGUAAUAAUACAGAAUGGGUAAGCACAAAUGUCUUUUUUUCUAUCGCUGCAAGAAAUAAAACUGAUUGAGGGACAGGUUAAAGAACGAAUCACGAAACGCCUCAAACCACAUCCCGCUACUGAGAAGCAGUUUGGCGAAGUCAAGCUCAACGAUUGGCCCAUCAAGAGCCCGAUUGACCCAAAGAACAACAAGGCGCCUUGGGAGACCUGGUUCCGCGCAUCAACAACAGAGGAAUCGUAGGUUGUGGGGAUAUAUCGACAGGAUGUUAGCAGAUUGCGGCAGUUUUCAGCUAUCUUCAGGCAGAGUUCGGUCGUUGAGAUUGGGAUAUAAUAAGUUUGAGAAGAAGAUUGAAGCUGCGGGAUGUAAUACUGAAAGUCAAAAGAAUGAACAUGUUUGGGGAGACCUGGAGAUUGUUGCCAUGAUUUCGCUGAAGCCUCAGUAUGGACAGUCUUGGUGGCAGGUUUGGUCGCGGUUCUAG